AUGCCUGCCCUCUUGCAAGCUGUCUCUCUGAAAGCAAAGCGCUUCACUGGCACCACAAAGCCGUUGACGUGGAGCACUGUGCGAGGUCUCGAGUCAGCCGCAGCAACUAAGAGGAGUCCCAGCACUCUUCCAACAAAUGUGCUUCAUCCGUGCAGCGGGGCUCACUCAAGAUGCAAAGUGGAAGACUUUGCCAAACAUCUGCAUCUUUGCUUGGAGUGCAGUCUGCGCGGCAUGCAUCCUGCAAGCUCUGAGUGCAUCAACUGCUUUCAGCAUCCCACCACAUGCGAAGACAAAAAGGCAGAGGUCUUCCAAUCGGUCUCUCUGCAAAGACUUCAAACAUUGCCGUUGGCGUGGGGAGAGAGCAUCACACGUGUGCGUUGCUUGUCUGUGCUACUUGCAUCUAACGCGUCGAUGCCGCGAUGCCGCGAUGCCGCGAUGCCGAACACAGCGGGAGCGGUGGGCAAUCUUGCUCGCAGUGCAUCUGGCCUUGAUGGAUGGAAACUGGCGAAAAAGUAUGACAGCGCGCCGCACACUGAUUCCCACAGCCACCAGCCCACGGGGAAGUCAGCCUUGUGCUCUUGGACCGGUACGACCAAUCUUCUAUCUGACGCAUAG